AUGAACACCCCAUCCUCCACGGGCAUGCUUCUUCAAGCACUGCUGGGACAAUCGUACCCAGUCACAGCAUCGCGCACCGCAUCGCUCGGCUCCAUUGUCGGCAUGGAUGUCAGCGUCGAUUCGUUGCUGAAUGAAUGCGAAAUCCGAAACCAACAGCUCGAGCAGCAACAGCAACAGCAACAGCAGCCUUUUAUCGCGUUGCACGCAAGCAGCCCAGCAGCGUCUAGUGUUUCGAUGUCGUCUUCGGAAGCAUCUGUUGAGCAGCAACAGUAUCAGCGACACCAGAUGCUCAUCCAACAACAAAUUCUGCAGUUGCAAGAGGUCACGCAGCAGCAACUGUAUCCGCAGCAGUACCUGCAACACGCCUCGCUGCCUCAACAACAGCAACAGCAACAGCAACGGUCGUACCAGCAGCAAAGCGUUCUGUUGAACGCUUCGACUGCCGCUCAACAACAGCAGCAGCAACACCAACUUUCGCAGCAGCAAGAUUCGCAGCAGCUGGCCAUGUUGGAGCUCUCCCUCCGACAAGACACCGACGAAGACAGCUUCAGCACUGUCUCGAGCGACUACUCGUCACACUACGGCUCGAGCGACACGGAUCACGACGAGCACGAGCAUUGCGACCAUCAACAUGCACAGCAACAACAACAACAACAACAGCAACAGCUGGCACCUGCCAUCAGUAGUGUUCUGCCUUUCGCUGCUCCGGAUCAGCACUUCUUCGGCUUUGACUUUUCGCAGCACCACCACCAACCACAACAGCAACUACAGCAGUUCCAGCUGCUGCAGCAGCAGCGACCGCAGCCGCUCCAGCCUCAGGCCAUGCUGAGCGUUCCGGAAGCAGGGAUGUGGCUGGGCGUUGGCCAAACCCCUGCUGUUGCGGCUGAUGCCCUCACAAGCCCUCGCAGCCCCCGCAGCCCCCGUAGCCCCCGAAGCCCUGUCAACGACGCCUCGCAGUCAGCCCUGCUCACUGCUCUUGGCUUCAAGCACCGCCCCAAGACUGUGCUGCUGGACGAGGAGAAGCUGUUCGUCUGCCCGUUCGACGGCCCUUCUCGUGCAAGUGGCCCGGCUGCGAGCAGACAUUUCAUGCGCUCCGACGAGCUCACGCGUCACAAGCAGAAGCACUCGGGCGCCAAGCCUCACGCUUGCCAGCUGUGCUCGCGCUGCUUCUCGCGCUCAGACCACCUGAUUGCUCACAUUCGCCGCCACAUGAAGGAGCCUUCCAAGAAGACGCGCGGCCCCAAGACUGCUGCCAUGCACGCCGCCGCUGCUGCCCUUGUUGCCAGCCACAGCUUCGACCAUGCCAACGCGCAAGCCGCCAUGAUUCCGCGCCCGUAA